AUGGCCAAAAAAUCCGUUGCCCGGAAUCAGAGAUUGCCACGGGUCCGGAGCCGGCUUUUGGCUCCGGCUCCCGAGCCCAAAGUCGGAGCCAGGCAUCUAGCGUUCAUAAAAGUAAAAAUUUCAUGAUCUUGUUAAACCAAAUUGCUUGAAAAAUACUGGGAAGGAUGUGAAGUUUACAAACAAUUUUUAUCUGCAAACAUUCUCUUAAAGCGACGCGUGACGGCACCAAGCUACUACUGAAGGAAUUUCAGAUCUUCGCAGAAGUCUUGAAGGAACGUAUCAACGAAUUUUAUAAUGAAAUGAAUACUAAACUCGAGUAGGAAAGGAAAUUGGUCGCCGAAUUGAGACAAGACUCGAAGCUCUCCAAAUCUCAAUGCGAACUGAAUCUGCGCAAGAUGCAAGGCUAUAAAAAACGGAUGGACGAAGAGAUUGAGCGAAACGCGGAAGUAAACUGGCGUCUUCAGGACAUGGCCGAGGAAUUAAACCGUCUAACAAUUCAUUCUAAUACGAUUUCGAGUGGCAAAGAAUCGGAAAAGAAGCUCGAGGAGUCAUCUACAGGCGAAAGUUUUGAGGUCCUUAAUCAAGAUCAAUUCCAAAUCUCCGACGAUUCUCCUCAUGACUGA